AUGUUUGAGAAAACUAAGGUUCUGAGUUUCACCUGUGCCUUGGCGUAUGAGCCGAACGUCGCCUUGGAGUAUCCACCGGAACUUUUCUGUCUUCCAGGUGGCUCCAGUGGAGCAGGACGGUGGUCAAGUCGAGACGGCAAGGGGAUUGAGCCAGCUGAGUUCUUGAAAUGUCGGAAGAUGUAUAACUGGUGCCCUCGCUUGGGCUUGUUGGAUGGGCGUGUGAGCAAUUUGCUGGCGAAUCGGCAGAUUGGAAGUACGGCAGAACUCACCUGCGAUGCAGGGCUAGAGAUGAAGUUCGGAGAUACAGUUCUGGGGAAGGUCACUCUGAAGGUGAACUGUACUAUCGGAACGCCUGCUGGCGGUGUUUGGAUGUCUGAUGGUGGGGACAUCUCUGGCCAAGUUCAGUGCAGUCCGCUAAACUAUUGGUGUCCACCUGUGACGGCCUACACCAUUGUGAAUUCCGAGUACCUGGAGAUGGACCCAGGGCUGCGCACCGUCUCCUACAGCUCUCCGUACCGCUCAUAUCGCAGCACGGCCACAGUGCGAUGUCGCCAGGAUCGGCUGAUGCUUCACAGCUAUGGUGACUCAGAAUUGGUUUGUGGCCUGGACUCUACCGGUACCACUGGCGCCUGGCGAAGCCCUCGAGGAAUGUUGGCCAUCACCAAGCACUGCUACUUCACCGGGUCUCCCAUUUUUGAUACCACCUUCAUCGAGAACGGCUGCUUCAUGGGCGACUUUGCACAGAACCCGGACAACUUUACAAUACCUGUCUACUUCUAUCGCACAGCCGGGAUCCUCUUUUGGCAUAAGCCCACCGAGUGGCUCGUGGGCUCCACCGUCUUGGAGGGAAACCAUGGCAACGGCAGGUGGAGGAUACAGUGGGUUGCGGAGGGUGUCCUGAACGCACGAGUGGAUGUUGGCGUGGGCGAAUUGCAGAUGGACGUGACGCAGAAUCAGACGAAAGGGCCUGGCGAUUGGUUCCACAUUGCCUUCGUUUGGGAUCUGGGGGUCGGCUUGGCAGGCAUGGGUCGCACCUACUUUUGGGUGGAUGGAGUUCAAGCUGAACCGGUAGAAGUCAACAGUGAGAAGCUGACCCACUUCAUAUGGGUAGAUCCAGAAGACAGGCUUGACAUUGGAGGAUUGGUGAGCCCGACCAGCCCCGGCGAGUACAGCAACAUCCGUGUCUACACCCGUGCAGUGCCAGAGGAAGAGGUCUGGGUGAUCUUCAGCUCAGAGGAUCCGACCUGCGGCAUGACGGACGAUGUGUGCCCCACUCCGUGGUCCUACAAGUCGUAUGUCUCAAAGGUGAACAAUCCUCAGGACUUCCGCUACAGCCUUUUCCCCCGUCGCCCUGCCGCAGAGGUGUUCUUCAAGUGCGACCCUGGCUACACAGCCUUCGAUGGUGAUGAUCACAUCAUUUGCACUGGUGCAGGAACCUGGUUAAAGUUUGGCACGCAGACUCUUGCUCAACCGUUCCGUUGCUGUCGGCACACUGCAGACUUUUGCCCACCCAUUGACCUCACCCAGAAUCCUGGGGCUGCUUUAACAGCCACAGGAUACGAGCUGUUGGCGGAGUGUGCAGAUGCACCUGUCUAUGGGCCUACGCCUGAUACUGUUGACUACACUGGCUGUCUUCCACUGUCACUCGAGCCGCGAGUGAUUCUCGAGUUGAGUGAUCUGUACAACAUCAGCAGCAUGGCGACGCUCAGCUGCGAGCCUGGAUUUGAGCCUGUUUCGGAACUCACCAUGGAUUCCGUGCUGAUUUGUCAAAAAGGUGUCUUUGAUCCUUUGACGUUCAACGGUGAAGUGCCUGGGAAUUGGGUCACACUUGAUGGGCGAGUACCCAGGCCAAUGCACUGUCACGGCGUGCAAAACUUUUGUCCAGAUCCACGGCUACCCAACAUGGUCUUGGUAUCGCUGUCCCAUGGCCUUCGAACAGGUAGCACAGCCAUGUUGGAAUGCCUCGAGGGGGCACAUGGAGAGCUCCUGGUUCUGGAAGCUUUGUGUGAAAGGGAGCCGACCAACCACCGUACUGGUCGUUGGGUGGCGCCGCAACACGGACACCUUCCAUUGACACAACUGAAUGGCUGUCGGCCGUUGCAGGAAAAUGGCACUCAAGAGGAUGCACUUGUCGGACCAUACGUACCAGGUGCUCUUUGGUAUUCGGAUGCUUGUGCCAUUGGGUCCGCGAUCAAGAUGGAAGCCGCUGUGACGGCUGGCGGAGGAACUGUGUCGCUAUGGUGGAAGUUGCCUGAUCUUGAUGAGGAUGCCAGCUAUCUUCUUUGGGCAGCUGUUGAUCCACUUUGUACACAGGAGACAGAGACAAAUGAAACUGCUCCAGCCCAUUUGGAGGGCUGCAUGGAGAUGUCCUUGUCGGACUCGGCGACCUUCGCCGACUCCCCUGACGGCGCGGCUGCGGUGCGGAAGAUGCUAGCUAGAGCAGCUGGAGUCGUUGAGGAAUACGUGAAGGAUGUUUCCAUCAUUGCAGGGGGCAGCUGCAGCUACCGGCGACUGGCCGGGGAGCGGCGUUUACAGCAAGGAGUUUCUGUAGACUACGUCAUCGAGUUCCCCCUGGGCGCGGAAGCUGCGACUCAGGCAGCGGAGAGGGGACGACAAGCGCUGGAAGCGAUCUCCUUGGAAGAGGUCACAACCAUUCUGAAAGAAGAGAUGGACAAGUUCCAAUCCUUGGCACAGAUCGCAGUCUUGGUCAUCACGAAGAGUGUGAGGCUCAUCACAAUCCUACCUUCCAUCCCGGAGAUUGCGCUUCCGGCCAACGACACGGAGCCUGAUGAGAACACAACGGUCAAUAUCAGCUCAAGUACGGAAACCACUACAAUGAGCAUGACCACAACUGCCACCACCACAAGCACCACCUCUUCCACAUCUUCUACGUCUUCCACGUCUUCCACCUUCAUAAGCACAACCACAACGGAAGAAGGCAACGACUCUUUUGACAAUGGCUCUGACGACACCGAUGAAAAUGUCACUCAAUUGGAUGACUGGAAUUCCUCCCGUCGUCUCCUUGGUGAAAACGACACGGAUGACUCCCAGGAUAUGAUCGACGACAUCACGAACGCCAAUGACACCGAGGAUGAGGACAACGAGACGAAUGGGACAAUGCUGUAUUGCUUGGCAUCACCGCGAAUGGUGGUGAGACAAGGGCUAUUGACAGUGCAACUAGCCGAGGACGUGGGACGAUUCCAGGUUGAUCUAAAGCGGGUUGGGGCACCUGGACAUUGGAUCCAAAUCGCCUAUGCCUGGGACCAGGGAGGUAUGGGCAGCACCCUGUGGCUGAACGGCACCAGCGUGGCGCUCCCAGUGACUACCACCAGGACCAUCACCACCACGACUUCCGAGAUGAAUAUGAAUGACACCUCUGAUGGCCUGGACGCCCUUACGAAUGAAACAAAUGAGACUAACGAGAGCAUGAGCCUGACGCUUCCCCUGGAGGAACUAAUCUGGAGAGCGAGAGAGGAGGGAUGGAUCAUCUUACCUGGGAGCGACAACCUAAGCCUUGACACUGAGGUGGUCUUUGGAGAUUUGUACUUUGGAUGGCCGUUGAACUCCUUAGACUUCGACACCACUGCCAACGAUGGCUGGCGCACGCUGUUCCGCCUCUAUGGGAUGAGCUUGGAGGACUCAGAUGCCUUGGACCUCUAUGAGCAUGAGCGCCCCCACUGUCCGCUGGUGCUUUGUUUGCGGCUGGAAGAUCGCCUGUUGAAGAACGUCCAUGUGGUGAACCUCCCACGGAGAGCACUGCCUGGCUCGGUUGCGCAGCUUCGCUGCUUGGGCGGCUUCCAUGCCACGGGUGGCGGUCACAUGCCAUUCUGUGGCACCUCAGGCUCUUGGUCUCCCCUGUUGGAGUGCUGUCAAUACGAUCUGGCCUUUUGCCCAGAGUUCCCUUUGGUCUGGCGGCCUGCGAUGGCAGCGCCUGCAGAGGAGCCGCAGAACUUCUCGCUUCAAUUGGAAGAGCUGUCCAUUCCGAUGGAACCAUGUGAAGGUGUAUUGCUCAAUGGCACCUCAAGAAGCAUUGGUGCGACAAUGAAGCUUCAAUGCCCUCCAGCCUAUGUCCUUAUGGCUGGCAGCUCCAUGGUCCGUUGUAGUAGCAAUAUGUCAGACGACGCCGGGUACUGGGAAGAUGUCUUGGGUGGCGAGUACGAAAUCCCAGUCUGCGACCUUGAUGAUCACUGGUGUCCCCUGCUUCUACCUGGCGAAAAGGCAUUCAUCUUGAAUGUUACGCAAGGCCGCCGCCUGGGGUCAUUGGCUUUCUUCCGCUGCUUGAAUGAUCUCGAGUGGGAACCGGAUUAUGGAAGUGUCACUGUGCGCUGUGGCAUGGCAUCAGACAGGGCUUCGGGCAUUUGGCUAGAUGCCUUUGGUGCCCCGGCAGUGGCCUUGACUUGUCGAGAGAGAGUGGUGACCACCACAGCGACAUCCACCACCAGCUUUAUUCCAACGCGUGCUGGAGUGAUCUCUGGCUUGCCAGGUGAUCAGGGCCUGCAAGCUGUGCGGUAUCAUGCGGCGAAUGCCACCUUGGCCUGUGGCUAUCCCUUCAUCAAUGUGGGAGGUGAUGAGCACGUCUACUGUGUAAUCGGUGCAGCCGAGACACCGGAUGGAACCGGUGGCCGUUGGGUCGAUGCAGAUGGGAGCAACAUUGAGCUGCCUAUUUGUGUGUUUCGUCGUGACUGGUGUCCACAGUUGGAAUUGCUUGGUAUGAACAGUGAAGCCUUGUUGAGCAGCGCUUACGAGUACGGGAGCCAGGCAACUCUGAGAUGUCAUAUUGGAUACCAGCGAGUCGAAGGGAACGUGACAUUGAAUUGCAUCAACCACGAGUCCUUGCUCUAUGGAGUUUGGGAUGGGGAGCCAUUGCGUUGCGAGCUGUCGCCAUUUUUUUGCCCCUCGCCCACGGCCACCAAUGCGCGGCUUCUGGAGCUUGACACCGAAUUCCGCCGUGGAGAUGUCGUAAACCUAGAGUGCCACAGAGGUUUCACGUACUUGGAGGGGGACUUGCAGAUCGUUUGCAACGUCAGUUAUGACAAUGAUGGAGGACAGUGGAAGGUCAGUGACGGUACCGUGGCAAAGCCGGUGGUUUGCGUGCCGCAACAAGAUUUUUGCACAUUGCCAACAGUGAACAAUGGCUACGUUUUCAAUGUCACCGAGCAGGGAACUAUGGGCAGUGUGGUGGAGCUGCAUUGUCAGGACGGCUUUCAGGACUCACGGCUCAAUCUGGAGCAGCGCACAGCGCUUUGCGGGACAAUUGGGCAUUUCCAAGUGGGCAUCUCCCGUGUGAGCCGUGACUUAAUCCGUGCCACAAAUUUGGUCCAAGACGUGUUGGACGAGCUGGAAUCCUACUGGGCCAUGGACACACGAGAGUCGGAUUUCAAUUGGCGUGCUUUGAUGCAGUUCGAAUACCGCUGGAGAACUGAACUCUCACAGGGACUCAAAGGCCUACCUGACAACAGUGCCGUAGAAGAGGUGCUUUACCGUCUACCCAGCUAUGAUGGCGUUUCUGAUGCCUGGCUGGCCAUGUUCACUGUGGAUGACCUCAGAAAUCUCAAGAGGAUGUUGGAGGAGAAGCAGCUUGACAUGCUCGACCUCCUGGACCUGCAGCCAGGUCAGCAAAGUCCGGAGCCGCUGCUAGAGUGCAAUCGAACACCGGGCUGGUGUCCACUGCCACCGUUACCUCCACACAGCCAAUUCACCACUCCGCUGAUGCCAGUAGCACUGGGGGAUGAGGUGUCUAUGGAAUGCCAUCCGCACUACGUAUUCGACUUCGGCCGUGAGACAUUGAUGUGUGGCAACUCCGUCAAUGGCAGCUACCAGUGGCUGGCAUCCGAUGGCAGUGAAGCCAUGCCACGGAUCACCUGCUCCUUGAACCUCUCCUGGUGUCCAGAGUUGCCUGCCCUAACCCAUGCUGCUGUGGAGCGACUGGAACCUCAGCACCGGGCCAUCCAUAGCGAGGUGCACCUGGGCUGUCGUCGUGGCUAUCGUCCUGUGGCGGGCCAUGCUUUUGGGCGCUGUGGCGAGAGUGGCUGGUGCUCCGCCCCAGACUCAAGCGCUGCCUGUGUGGAGCCUGCCGAUUGGCUUCGCUGCGAGCUCAUCCCAGAAUAUUGCCCGCCAUGGCCCAGCUAUGAUCAUUCGGUGCCAUACAACACCAGCCUUGCGCCCAAGGCGGUGCCCUUGGUCAACCCCUUGGCGCAUGUCUUCCUGAGAGAGGUUCGGCAGUUGCCCUUGCCUUCAGGCGCUUUGGGUGACACUGUUACAGUAAGCUGUCCGAGGAACUUCUCCCGUGCUAGUGGGGACACGCAGUUCAUUUGUGGUCAUGGCUUGAAGGAUGGACAAUGGAAGCGGGAUUCCGUUCCUCCAAUGCAUACGGACAACAGUACCCGGGAUUCCAUGAUCCAUUUGGUGGACGAGGCUACAGCAGAGCCCCUGGUUUGCGAGCUGGAGACCAUGAAAGGUGUGCGGCGGAAGUACUAUGACCGUUUGCCAGGGCUUUUCCAGAACCAUAGCCGCACUGCUGGCUACGACGUUGUGCCCUACAUCAACCAGUUCCAGUCUCCUUACGAUGCUGCGCACUUCGAGUCGUACUUGCGGCCAGAGCUGGGAGGUAACUACACGUUGAGUGUGGAGGUCUUGGGCGCUUUCGUUUUGACGUGGGAAGAUAGAAUUCUCUUGGCCGGUCGCUCUCAAGGACUCCUUUCAGAGACCUUUAACGCUAUGCCCCUGGAGCUGAAUAGCACUUUCUACUUCUUCCACUUGGAGUACUGGGCAGAUCCACUUCUGCCAGAGCGAAUUGAUCAGGAGAUGUUGACUUUUCCAAGGAGGAUUCGUUUCCUUUGGAGUGGCCCAGCAGGUGAUAUGCAGCCUGUUCCUUACACUGAGCUGUAUCAUAGCUUCGAUGAGGUCUAUGGCUAUCCAAUCACUGCACAUGGCGUCAACGAUCCAAACCCAUGUGAUUCGGAGAAUACGGUCAGUGUGACUGGUUUGCUGGAAGGAGAGAAUGGCACCAUCAUCGAUGGCACCAUUGGGUACAAUUACAACGAGGACUUGACAUGCUCCUGGCUCUUGGAAGCCACAGGGAACGUCCGCUUCACGGUCUUUGUGAAUUUCUUCGACGUGGUCGACUCCGUGAACUGUGCAGGUGACCGCUUGGAGUUCUAUGUGUCUGCCGGGGCAACCUUGCGUCUCCUGGGAAGCGUUUGCGGCUCCUAUCCCGAAGGCACAGCCAUAGUUGAGGCUGCAACAAGGAGCUUGGUGAUCCGCUUCGUCACGGAUUCGAACUCGGAGAGAGAGGGCUUCAACGUUACCUGGAGAGUGACAAACCUGGUCGAUCGCAUCACCCAAAACCCUGUGAUCUGGGGGGAUUUGUGA